GGUCAUUUGUUCCAACUGUCAUUGUGACGUUUAUGAACUCGUGUUAUGGUUGUUGUUUGUGUUAUUAAUCAUGUCAAAUAAAUUAGAUUCCUUUUCAUUAAGUUCAGGGAUGGAAGCUUGUUUGUCCCUUGAAAGGGAGUUGAAUAAACUUCUGGUGAGGUUCGAGGGUAUCAAGGACAUAGGCCACAAUCUUCUUGAUACUGCUAUAAGUGAUAUAAAAACUCUUCAAGAUGAUCUCGGAAAUGUCCCUGAAGACCAAUUUCUCUCUAGUGAACAGGUUGAACGUGUUAAAUCUGUAAUGAUGAAAGUGAAAUCCUCUUUAGCUAAGUUUGGAGGAGAACAUAGAGAGUUGCACAGCGCUUUGUCUAAAUAUGGUAAAUUAAUUGAUCGUAAUUUCGUUGCUGAUUAUGCUGCAACUAGCAGGCCAAAUAUUUUCAACCACCCUGAUAAAGUGGGUCUUAUAAAUAAGAUUAUAUGCCAACAUUACCAUAGACAAGGAAUGCAUGAUGUUGCUGAAGCACUAGCUGAAGAGACUGACGUUCAAUACGAAUUCACCGAAAAAGAAUCUUUUGGAGAAUUGAAUCAUAUAUUAGAUUGCUUAAGAAAUAAGGACUUAGAACCAGCUCUAGUUUGGGCUACUGCUCACUCACAAGCACUCGAUAAUAUAAAUUCUUCCUUAGAAUUCAAACUUCACAGAUUAAAAUAUAUAGAACUCUUAUCAAAGGGUACAAACUAUCAGGCUGAUGCAAUAACAUAUGCAAGAAAUCAUUUUAGGAAAUUUGUAAAACAACAUGAGAAAGAUAUUCAAGUUCUUAUGGGUAUGCUGCUGUAUAUUCCAAACGGUAUAAACACUUCCCCUUACAGCUGUCUGGUCAGUGAAGAAUUGUGGUUGGACACAUACGAACUGUUCACCCGCGAGGCUUGCCAACUGAUGGGUAUAACUGUACAUAGUCCUCUGGCGAUAUGCUUGAAUGCUGGUUGCUCUGCUAUUCCGGCCCUGUUGAACAUAAAACAGGUCAUGAUGCAAAGGCAAGUGGGGCCUAUGUGGAACGGAAAGGAUGAACUACCGAUUGAGAUUGAUUUGGGACCUGACAGCAGGUAUCAUUCUAUGUUUGCUUGCCCCAUUUUAAGACAACAGUCAACGAAGGGUAACCCGCCAAUGAGGCUUGUUUGUGGUCAUGUAAUAUCCAGGGAUGCCUUGAGUAAACUUUGUAAUGGAAACAAAAUGAAAUGCCCAUAUUGUCCAAUGGAGCAAAGCCCAGGAGACGCUAGGUUUGUCAUAUUUUAGUAUUGUUUCUAAUUUAUAAAAUAUAAUCAAGAAUUGUCCUUUAUUGAUCCGAAGUUUAUACCUUAUGGAAUUUGAAUUUGCAUGUGCCGUGAUCUCUGAGUGGAACUUGAAAUAAUAAAAUGAUGAAUUAAAAUAUUUUUAAGGAA